AUGUCCCUUCCCAAUGAGACCCAGUUUCACCCCUCCUUCUUCUUGUUGCUGGGAAUCCCAGGACUGGAAACUCUCCAUAUCUGGAUUGGCUUCCCCUUCUGUGCUGUGUACCUCAUUGCACUCAUAGGGAACUUCACUAUCCUGUUUGUGAUCCAAGCUGAGAGCAGUCUACACCAGCCUAUGUUCUACUUCAUGGCCAUGCUGGCUACCAUUGACUUGGGUCUCUCCACAGCUACCAUCCCUAAGAUGCUUGGGAUCUUCUGGUUUGGUCUCAAAGAGAUCCUCUUUGGAGCAUGCCUCACUCAGAUGUUUUUCAUCCACAACUUCACUGGUAUGGAGUCAGCAGUCCUCUUGGCAAUGGCUUAUGACUGCUAUGUAGCCAUCUGCAACCCCCUCCGAUAUAGCACCAUCCUCACCAACAGGGUUGUUUCUAUGAUUGGUGUUGGUGUUUUAGUGAGAUCAUUUAUUUCUGUUAUUCCAUUUGUAUUUCUCAUUUUACAGCUGCCCUUCUGUGAGAAUCAAGUCAUCCCUCAUACCUACUGUGAACACAUGGGUCUCGCUCACCUAUCUUCCUGUGCUAACAUAAGAGUCAACAUCAUCUAUGGCUUAUUUACCAUUGCUGCCCUGGUCUUUGACUUGCUCCUCAUUGCCCUCUCCUAUGUUCAGAUCCUACAAACUGUUUUCCACCUUCCUUCUAGGGAUGCCAGACUCAAAGCACUCAGCACAUGUGGUUCACAUGUCUGUGUCAUCUUAGCCUUUUACACACCAGCAUUUUUCUCCUUUAUGACUCACCGAUUUGGUAGAAAUAUUCCUCAUUACAUUCAUAUCCUCCUGGCCAAUUUGUAUGUGGUUGUUCCUCCUUGUUUAAAUCCAGUCAUUUAUGGGGUCAGGACAAAGCAAAUUUGGAACAGAGUUGUGAGAAUAUUUGUCAAGAAAGAGGGACCUAAUAUAUUAGAAAGUUGA